AUGACUUUUAGAUUCAUGUGUGUAACAUCAUUGGCCGUGCUACUGGUUUGGCUGCAACUCGUUCAAGCUUAUUGUGUAUACAAUUACCUAGAUAAUGAAAAUUCAAGUGUUUAUGUCGAAGAAGAAUCAGCUCCCUCAGACGUCUCCUUUAAGAAAACAAUUGGACAUGGUGGAAAAGAAUGUUGUCCUUACGAUAACAGUGAGUGUAAUCCACGCGGUAAUAAAAAGUCUCAUGUCAACUUCAAGCUUGUAUUUAAUUUUGGUGACGGAGUGGCAGAGAGUGGCUUUUCUGGAGAAUGUGUAGGUGGUGGAGGUCUUGCUUUCUAUGGUACAUCAUUGAGUGAUAUGAAAGUGUAUUGUUCUCACCCAGAUGGCAUCCAAGUUCAAUUUCAAGUCAAACGCCCCUUUUUAUUACCAAUGCCAGUGCCGUUCACAAUGAAAUAA